GUGCUUGCGUCCGCUACGACUUCAGGCGCUUCCUGGUGGAAACUCGUAUAAGCUAGGCAUUGUUCUACCGGGGCACCGGUACCUUACACGUGUGGAGUGCAGUUUUAAGCCACCGGGACGUUCACCCGGGCCGCAGCCGGCGGACAGCCUGCACCGCGAAGCAAGGUUCUUGGCUCAAAAGUUUCGAGUUCUAUAUAUUGUGUUUUAAGGACUUACGGCAGGAAACCUGAAGCUACUGUUGUGCCGAUUUACCGUCUGGUCGAAGUGCGCUCUUCCCUUAUGUAAUCAGCGCCACCUUCUGAAGACUUCAUCUCUUCCGCGCUGGUGGCUCCUGGGAAGGACGUAAUUGCCGCUGACAAGCUCCAACUGCGAGGCGAGAUUCGACGGCCACAAUGAUACCGAGAGGGACAACGAUUGUAUUCGCACUGUUUGGACUGACCUGUGCACAGUAUGAAGAGUCGAUUCAGCACCUUGUCCCUGAGCCACCAGAGGUGAUUCAAGACGAAAGAGAAAAAUCUCAAAUGUAUCAGCAGAUGCUGCACGAGGUUCCCAAGCUCGACGGCGGCCAGGCGAUGUUCCAGGGCGACAUGCUCAUGACUGAGCGCGACCUCCUGGAUAUGUACGCCCUGGUGCCUUCCAGGAACAUAACCUGGCCCGGGGGAAUCGUGCCGUACAAGAUUAGCGAGAGCUCGGCCAACGAAGCGGAUCUGAUCCGGCAGGGUGUCGCACACUGGAUGAACAACUCGUGCCUUAUGUUCCGUGAGCUUGAGAAGGACGACACAACCACGGACUUCAUCCUUUUCAUCAGGGGCAGAGGAUGCUGGUCCCGGUUCGGUCACAUUGGCUCUCUUCAGCCCAUAUCGAUUGGAGAUGGCUGUGAGACGCUGGGGACAGUGGUGCACGAGAUCGGACAUGCCAUCGGGUUUUUGCACGAGCAGUCGCGCGCCGACCGCAGCCGCUUCGUGGUGGUUAACUACCCUAACAUCCUGGAAGGACUGCGCAGCCAGUUCGAUCCGGACCAGAACAAGCGGGAGUACGGAGCCCGGUACGACUACACCUCCGUCAUGCAUUACUCGCCAACGGCGUUCGCAGCAUCGCCGGAGAUGAAAACCUUGAGUCCAGUGAACCCGCUGCUUGCGCCGCUGAUCCGCAGGCGGAACGGACUGACGUUCCGUGACAGGCGCAAGGCAAACUUCCUCUACCGGUGCGAUGCCGUAUGCACGAGCAGACCAGUGUGCGCCAACGAAGGGUUCGUCGAUCACACUGCAAGUGUGUCUGCCCGCCCUAACACGGAGGGAGAGAGAUGCGAGAGGCUGCGCCGUUCUUACUACGCUCGACCCAACUGUGGCGGCCGCGUGAUUCGCGAGAAAACGAUCUCUUCUCCCGGCUACCCAAGAAGUCAGAGACCUCAGGAUGGCGUUUGCGUCUGGUGGAUACAAGCUCCGCCGAACAACAGGGUUCAACUCACGUUCCGGGCCUUCGACCUGUACGGCCGAGUUCGCAGGUUCUGCAUCUACGAUCGGUUCGAAAUCCGACUGCAGUCGCUCUACCUUGGACAAACGUUCUGCAGCGACGAAAUAAAGCCGGGCAACGUGGUCACCUCGGUGGGUCGCGACGUGGUCAUCGAGUACAGGCCAUACGCCAGAUUCAAGCGUGGUUUCUCGGCUGAAAUCAAGUUUGUUCCCGUGCAGACGACACAACAGUAACAAACAUUUGCGCAUGAUGUGUCAAGUUCGCUAUGUUCGCUUGCCUCAGCCAUAAAAGCGCUGGCGAGGAGCACAGUGAUAUCAAUGAUCAACUACAUCUAUGACCAGUUUCGGAUGGGUAAUACGAGUGUUUUUACAGGCAGCGGUUACUGGUCGCUCCUGCGUUCGAACUUAACGCGAGAACACGUGAAAAGUAGCUUUCUGUCUGUAGACCUCACCUGCUCAACACUUCUAUUACAGCCAUCAAGGAUGAACAGCUGUAUCUUCGUCAGUGCAAAGCUGGGUGUUCUAUCUCUCUGUGUUUAUGGCUUAAUGCCAUUUUCACGCAUUACAUAAGCCAGCAACUGCAACUGGAUCGUAUGCGAGUUGAACGUUUGUCUCCUAUUUGCUCAUUUACUAUCAUGUAGCACUUAGGUAGAAUAUUCGUUCAAAUCACACCUAUUUUCUUAAGCAUCUUUCAGUAGGGACAAAUGCUAGCCAUGGAAGACGUGGUGAGAGCUGGAAGUUUGUUAUAUUUUUCUUAGGCAGUGACGCCUCUGCGCAACAUCCACGAAAGGACUUUGUAUAAUACGGCAGGCCCAGAUUUUUUGCGUGGUGCUCUGCAACGCUAUGUACGCGAAAUAUACGUCAUACAUACUAAGUAAAGGGUUCUCUGCGAGAUCCGAACAAUAAACAGU